CUAAUAUUUCUUUUUCUUCAGGCUUCGCUUCGACAGAACAAGUGGACACCACCGGAAUCUUUGACGUGGCAUUUUGCGAUAGCUUUUGCAAACGCUUCCAUUGAUGACGUUUUUGGACCGUACGCCUUCGCUCAAGUGUGGCUUGAAUUCGUGAAACGACUACGCACUUAUUAUGAUAGUACGAAAGAUUUCACAGUGAUACACUACUCUAUGUUCCAAUUACGCAGGUAUGAUCUCCGAAAGGAAUUGAGUUCUUUUUCUAUUCAUACCAGAAGGAGGAUGAAAUACAUGAUCCAGGACCGCAGCCCCAUGACCGAAGACAUGGUCGAUGAAUAUGCAAAUUACCUCUCGUCAUUGGAUGAUGGAGAGGCAAGGGUUCAAGCCCAACUGGACGUCCUACGCAGUGAUAUGCAAGCAUUCAAGGCUGCCAAUCCGAAAUGUUGCCUAGAGGAUUUCAUCCGAUGGCACUCACCCAAGGACUGGAUAGAGGAGGAAGAAUGCUUGUCGGAAAGAAUGCAACUUCCGGACAAUACUUGGGUUAGAUGUUGGUCUGAAGCUAUGCCAAUCCCUGUGGUAAACCAAGCACGUUUAUUCAAUGAAUCAAAGAUUGCCGAAGAGAUUCUCUCACUAUUGGAAAAUGCUACCGUUCAACAAAUGGUGGAGCUUAUACGACCUGUCCUAUUCGUUGCAGCUGUCGUACAGAUGAUUCAGAAAGGUAAUAUUCUCAGUAUUUCUCUGUUUUGA